UCAAUUGCUUAUCUUCUGUUUUUUUGCCUUCAACCUUCUCUUGAGCGCUUUACCUAAACAAUAUCAAAAAAUGAAAACACCAACCAUCUUAAACAACUUUCUCUUGCGCCAAGCUCCGGCGGCAGUGGCUCCUUUGCCCAAAGUAACCCGAUUCGACCGAGAAGUCACGGCCGAACUCGACACCCUUGGUGGUGCAAUUGGGUUGACACAAUGGCUUGAUGCUGCCAUCGCCACCCAAAAAAUUGCAUUGGAUUCCCUAGUCAAAAUUUCUUAUAGAGAUGAUUCUGAUCAUGGAGUUGUUGAUAAGUACCUAGAAGACAACGUGGAGAUUCUUGAUGUAUGCAAUUACUUUGUAGAAAUAAUUGAGAAUAUCGAUAACUAUGUAGACACGUUAAAAAUUGUUGUACAUCUAGUUGAUAGUAACUGUAGUCCAAAGCCUAAUAAAGUUGCAGCAAAACGUGCUUUGGAACAUUUGAAUUCAACGUCAUGUCAAAUUGUAGAAAAGAGAUCAAGCAAAGCAUUGAAAAAUUUGUUAAGGCAAAAGCUAUGCCAUCAGGAAACAGAUAUGAGUGAGAUUAUGUGUGGUUCUAAGGCUGUGACAUUGAUGUGUUUAAGGUUUCUUGAACUUGGUUUGUCAUUUGAUUCGAAAAGUGUAAUGUUGCCAAAAAUGAAACUUUCUCAGCCUACAAGCUCUUCAUGGUUGAGAUUGUUGAAUGAAUUGGCAAAACAAGUAGAAGCAAGUGUUGAUGAGAAGAUACCACAGGAAAAUAGAUCAUCUUUGUUGCAGCAGACAGUGGAUGCAGCUAGAGAAUUGAAGCAACAGAUGAAGAGGGAAAAGGAGAUGAAAUGUUGUGUUGAGAGAUUGAAGAAAAAGUGCAAGGAAUUGGAGGAUGUUGUUGAUGUUAUAGAUGAAAGAGUAAAAGAUUUGUAUAAAUGUUUGAUUGAUGUUAGGAUGAGUCUUCUUGGAAUUCUUUCACAGCACUAAAUUCUUUAGAUCUAUCUGAUUCAUUAGAAUAGGUAGCUAGGAAGUUUGGUUUAUUAGCUAGGAUUUAGGAUAAUCACUACAUAAAUGAUUCAAAAAGAAAGUGUUUAAUUGAUGUGUAGAU